UAAAUGAAUGAAUGUCCUUAAAUCCUCUAAUAAUAGUGUGCACUUUCUCAAAAGAAUGUUUCUUUUUGCCGUCUAUGGCCCCAGGCGGGAGAGUCAGCUCUUGCCCGCCGCCUCAGUCAACUCGCCGGAACCAUUGUUCUUGUAGGAGCGGGAGCACAAAACACUGCUGCACUCGACACCGGCAAGCGGAACGUGAACGUUCGUCAAACGCAAGUUUACCAGAGAACGUACUGCUACGGAGUGCAGAGUGAUUAAAUUCGCCUCCGUUGUGCAUGGAUUCUUCCUUUCAAUCUCCUAAAGUGACAUAUAUAGGUUCAGCUAUGGUAAGUGGUCUUUGAAUUAAUAAUUACGACGGCGAAGACUUCGGUAGCGGCUAACAUUCGCUAGCGCGCUAACACGCGGCACCAAAGGAGGCAAGUGUAUGAAUAAAAACAAACUGAGGAUUCAUAGAUGCUGUAGUGGCUGUACUAAUUCGCCGGUAGUUUGGCUGAAACUGCAACGCAAAUUUGUUUUGUUUUUGUACGUUUUCUUUGUUCUCUCGACAGAGUAACCGUCAUACUUUAUAUUAUUAAGUGGUUGCAAGUGUCUACAUUCAACAGUAACGUGUGUGUGAGAUAAAUAUAAAGCAAGUAGAGCUGGAGCAAAUUUAUUGUUUUGUAAAUGUUUCACUUUCAUCUUCAAAAGACAAGUCCAUCCCAGCUAUUUGGGAGGAGAGGCAAUGAACACCUUGGGAGCAGGGCAGAGCCCUUUACUUACACUUGCAACUACCGGCACUUCUCUCAAAAUAACAUCGCUGUCACCUGCCUUGAUGGAGGAACUAACUUAAAAAAAAACGAAAAAAAAACGCGUGGAAGAACAUUCCUCAGUUUUAAUAUCAAGCCAUUUCUCUAGACCAGGAUAGGUAACAGGUGCCUACAGCUUAAAGCGUAUAAUGGUAUCAAUAUAGUUCAUAGAAACCUGAACUAUUUGAAAUAAUGUAAUUACAAAGCACUCAGAAUAAGCUGCAUUAGAGAAAGACCCAGGUGUCCGAGUUUCUCCGGGACAACAAAAGCCACAGAAUGGACUUGAUCCUAACUUGAUCCUAAGUCUAACAGAUUGGCAGUAGAUGACCUUGGCUGAGGUAAUAAAGGUGGCGCAAGGUCCAAGACUAAAUCAAAGUGCGGUUGCUUUAUUACAUUCUAUGUGUAAUGAUGUGGAUGAAAGUCAGCCACAUUGUUCAGUGGUGAAGAACCACUGGCACAUCUUUAUGACGCCAGGCUUAUAACUGGAGUGUUGACAGUUUUUUUUGUGUGUGUGUUGACAGAGGCAAUUAAGUAUUCUGAAACAAGAAAUUAUGACUUUUAUGCUUAUUUAGAAUUAUUGAACGACCUGCUACUUCUAUGACAGAGUGUAGUGAUUUAGUGAAUAUGUACUUACUAUAUGCAUUCAAUUCCAAUUUCGUAGAAACUCACCUCUUGUAGUCAGCUCUCCUACUUAGAUCUAUAAAUUGGAUCUUCACGGAUGCUGUUUGAUCUCUUUACUUGAUGAUUCUUGAGGGGUGUUUCGUCUUUUCCGAAUCUUGCUGUCGCUCUCUGUUGCUUUGACUCAACAGCUGGAGAAGCUUGUGUUUAUACUCUCCAACAGGGUCAGGCCAAAGACCUAAUAAAGCCUAUAGCAAAAACUGUAGCAAAACCUUACUGUAAAUAAGACACAAGGGUCUUAGUAGCCUGCGACCUUUUAAUGUGCUUAAUUACCACAAAGACGCACCUUUUUUCAUCGUCAAAUUUAAAGAGUGUAUAUCACUGGGUAACGCUUUCAUCAUUGGUGUUGUCAGUUGCAAAAAUCGAGCAUAGACAAACAAACUUGGUUGUCAUGGUUACUGCAGAACAUAUUUCAAAGCAUCCAUCAAAGACAAAUGACAUUGUAAAACUAGCAAACAAAACACCAAUCUCUUUAACUGACCCUGAAUCCAUGGAUGGAAGUUGUGAGCUGCUUCCAAACUCCGGAGCUGCAACCUCUGCUUACUUGUCUAAGCUAGGAGCAACCCUGUGUGUUACUAAGCUCCCUCCGAGGUGAGCGAGGUUGCGUUGACAUGGUGUUAUUUCACUGGACACCCUUGGACCAGAGGAGAAACGGUGGUUUGCUGAUGAGUGCAGAAGACACUGGUUUGGGGGCUUUUGCCUCUCCGCUGGUGGGGUAUUUGGGAAAAGUCAAUGAAAGAGCUGCUUCAUUGGAACUCUGUCCUUGGUGCGCGUCAAAAGGCUUGACACAUACUCUGCGCUCUUACCGCGUCAACCUCAAGGAGUCAAUCACCCUCUGCACAAACUCAGACUGCCUCUUCCCCCUCGUCAGCCGGUCUCUGGAUGAUAUUUUGGCCAGCUUGGUACCUGGUGAGCCCAAAAGAAAGCUUUGUUCUCUCCAAGACGAUGAGGAAGACCUGGGAAAUUCUAAACGCAUCAGGUCCACUGACAAUAUUGAGGAGACAGUGGUUAACCAUGUGGAAAACAAGGAAGCUGAGAUUGAUGGCCUUUCCUCUUCAAGUGACACGGAAGGUGGAAAGUUGAAUAAAUUCCAAAAUAAUGCUGCGAUCCCACAGACAUCAGAUGGUCACUGUGCUCCUGAGAACGUGGCUGGCUCAGAUGUCCUUGGUCCCCAGCAUGGCUCAUCUAAGGAACUCUUGAGUUCCGCUGGUGAGGAUGUCGCCACACUGUCUUCAAGUCAGGAUGCACUUGAAACAUUGGAGGCAGACAAAGACCCCACACAUGAGGAAGCUCCAGACGAGCUGCAUGAGCAUGUCAGUCAGGCAACCAGUGUCAUUAGUUCUACAGAUGUGAGGAGCCCAUUGCUGCUGGAAGAACAGCAGAAGGGCGAGAUAACAGAGAAGCUGCCAGUGAAGGUCCGAAGCUGUGAGUCGGAAACUGAAGAUCUGUCCAUGUCAAUGGUGCCACCUGUAGACCUUGUAUCCGCUGGCCCACUUUUCUGGAAGAACAGGGACAACCUGUGUUGGCUGGACUCGUUGCUUGUUGUUUUGGUGACCUGUAAGAACUUGAACAAGUGGCAAGGUGACGAUGGCCCACACUCCUUGGUUUGGAAGUUGAAGAGGGAGUAUGCAAGCAUCUGUGCUGCUGUCGGCGUUCAGCGGCUCACUGACAAUGGUGACAGCGUGAAAGUGCCUUGCCAUGUGCUACAAAAGGCUGACGCUGACCUGCAUGCUCUCAGGAUGUCUAUCUUUAAAAUGUUGGAGCCCCAGCUGCGCUGCAAGCUCGGUCAGAGGGAAACUCCAGUGUUUGCCUUGCCACUUCUGUUAAAGAUGGACUCCAGCGUGGAGCCGCUCUUCCAGGCCAGCUUCUCCUGGGAGUUCAAGUGCUCUGGUUGUAAGCUGAACACUAGAGAUCAGGUGACCAAAACUCUUCCCACCGUGACAAACCUCUUUCCUGACUGGCACCCACUCCAUGCAUCACACUCUGCUCCGUGUAACCGUUGCUCCUUGAGCGGUCAGAGGAGGACGAUGGUGCUGGAGAGGGUCCCCCCCGUGUUUGCGCUGCACUUUGUCGAGGGUCUUCCUCAGAACGAGGUCUCAGUCUACGACUUUAACUUCAAGGGGAAACACUACACCAUCACCUCUGUCAUACAGUUCAAGCAAGACCUGCAGCACUUUGUCACCUGGAUUCACCAGUCAGAGGGAUCCUGGCUGGAGGUGGACGACUUGAAAAGCAAGUGUCAGUCUCACAGCAAGCUUCCAGUUCCCGCUCAGGAAAUCCACAUCGUCUUCUGGGAGGAGAUGAGGGAGAAGCCCUGCGUGUGCUCCCCCACCAGCACCUCCGCCAGCUCUCCCAAAUCCACAGCUGUUGACUCCCAUCUCCCGGCCGAUGGAGCAGAGUCCAUGGAUGAGUCGCACUGCCCAGAUCAGUCCCUGCUUCUGGCGCAAGGCAACUUCCACAUCGAUGACGUGCUGGCCACCAGCAACAUUGAUACUACAGGUGCAGAUGAGUCGAUAGGGUCCACCACACUGAUGGACGCGUUCGAGGGUCUCACCAGGAAUGACAUCAUCACUCUCACCUUGGACAUAGUCCCACAUCCAGAGGCAAAUGAACCUGGACCAGGGGUUUUGGACGAGACGCUGGUCCCUGCUGAGGGAUCUGUGUGUGAGGUGUCUCCAGGAGCGGAGACCCCCACCACCACCACCACCCACACGUCUGAGACCGAACUGGUCGCAUACCCGCCACGAUCUGGGCCAGCUGCCGGCACCAGGUCGCAGAGACGUAGGACACCAGGUAGAAGUGCUGCCAGUGACCAGGAGCUUGAAGGCACCGCCGCUGACGUGUCGACUCACCCGUCCCCGGAGCCCUCUGAAGUGGAAGAGAUUGCUGCUCUGAUGAGCUCCAUAGCCGAGGUCCGGCAGUCGCCGUCCCCCGUGUCUUCAACCCAAACCACGUCUCCACCUGCCACCCAGACGUCCAAUGUGGAUGAUCAGCGCUUGUCCUACCUGUUCAGCCGACACCCAGCUAAGAUAGGUGGGACACCCCCUGUUGCCCCCGGCGCUUUUAACCAGGGUUCCGCAAAACCCCUGAGACAUUCGACUCCCGUCCCUCUGAAACGUUUCCAAACAGUGACGCCAGGUGGCCUGAAACCAAAGCUCAGGACAGAAGACGGUGACCACCUGCCGAUAAGAGCUUCCGAAAGGUUUUCAGGAUUCUGUGCGAAAAGCACUGCAAGUCCAAAUCCACCUGAGGAUAAGACGCAGGCGUUCUGCUCCCCACCUCUUCCCCCAGUGACGACAAAGACGCCCAAACUAUCGUCCCAGAAGCACAACGCGGGUCUUCCUGUAGGUCUGAGCGAGACAGACGCCCUCAGGUACAAGCUCCUGAAGAAACUCAAGGCCAAGAAGAAGAAGCUGGCCAAGCUGAAUGAGAUGUUGAGUCACCAGAUGGGGUCCAGCCAUCAGCCGGACAGCACCAACCUGCCGUCGCCUCACACCGUCUCCUCCAGCACGUACGAGGGCUCCAACUGCGGCGAGGCCCUGUCUGAGCUGAUGUCACCGGCCACGACCAUCAGCAACCUCUCGCCCGACAGCUCGGGCUUCCUCGACAUGUACGUCACCGGGCAGGAGGGAGGGGCCGGCGCUCCUGCUGCCAACACUGAGCCACCAAACUCUUCAGUUAGGGCUCUUCAGACUGACAACUUCCUGGAUGAGUUCCUGUGUCAGGCGGUGGCUGAGCAGCCCUCUGUGAUGGAGAACGACGUGCUCAGUGAGCUUGAACUUUUCUUCUAGGCUGUAGAGGGUGCGGUGGUCGUCUGCUAGCUUGAUGCUUCAGGUUUUCAUUCGUGACGCAUGAGUUCCGGAACCCAUCUUUUGGAUGAAAUAACACCUUGUAUACUGUGUAUAUAGUUUAUUUAAAUUCACAUGAGAUUUAGUUUUUUUUUACCUCUUCCUGUGCCAGACCGCAGCUUUAGUCGAUCGCUGUGGAACAAAUUUGGAACCUUAUUAUGGUGCUUCUGCAAUCGUUUUCUAACCUCAAGAGUCAGUUAUGCUUAAUUUAAGACAAUAAAAUGAAAUGAAACUUGAGUUUGGUGAACUUUGUUUUGU